CGGGGGCUGCUCCAACGGACGCGAUGGCCCCCGCCAUGCAGCCGGCCGAGAUUCAGUUCGCUCAGCGGCUGGCGUCCCACGAGAAGGGCAUCCGGGACCGGGCGAUGAGGAAGCUGCGCCAGUACAUCAGCGUGAAGACGCAGAGGGAGACAGGUGGGCGCCGGCGAUCCGCCGCGCACAUGGCGGCCGGGCGUGGGAGCCUGAGCAAAGUAAAGGAAACGAAAACCAAGGAAAGAAAGCCAUCCUCUACAUGGGCCGUUGACGUUCAGCAGGUGGGAGAGGAGACGGGCUAGCAGUGCUGAAGGUUAGUAAGUGAGGGAGGGCGAGGGAAGAUGAAGUUGAACGAGUAGGCAAUGGCCAGGUCACACCGGGCUAUGUGAUUUGGGUUUAAACAGCAGUGGGUGCCAUUAAAGGAUUUCAUUAGCUGACCUGUAAACUCCUGAAAGAAUGAGCUACAGUGUGCGGUGGAGGUUUUUAUGGUACUAAGAUAGUCUAGGCUUCCCUGGUGGCUCAGACUGUAAAGAAUCCGCCUGCAAUGUGGGGGACCUGGGUUCGAUCCCUGGGUCG